AUGAAGGUUGGUUGCAGGCUGAUCAUAUCCAAAUUUAGAACAGAGCUGAGCCCAAAUCCACCCUACAUAUUUGCACCGAAAACAGAGAUGUUCGGCACUUUCAUCUUCAAGCAUGCACAGGCCACAAAGAGUCACGAUGUUGGGAUAAAAUCUGCUAACUCGAUCUGCUGUAAGAAGCCCAGAGUUGAGGGCCAUCCAGGCGAUAAUACUGUGCUUGGAGAUAUUGAAUUUGUUCCAAACGAUGCCUGCAUACCCAGAGUUGAGGGCCAUCCAGGCGAUAAUACUGUGCUUGGAGAUAUUGAAUUUGUUCCAAACGAUGCCUGCAUAGUCGACCUUAGGAUGGAUCUGCCUAAUGAGGUUCCAGGCUGUUUUGGAGUUUCUAUUUCCAUCCGGGCUGAGAGACUAACCUGUCUUCAAUAG